AUGGGGAAGCAGAAGCGCACGGCGUGCCACGCCAUCAAGAGCGUCCUCAUGAAGGAGAAGAACCUCGCGCAGAAGAAGAAGCGGGAGGCGGAUAGCUACCACGAGACCCCCGAGCCUGUGCUGACGCAGGUGAAGGACGACGCCGCUGUGAAGUUCCAGCGCACGCAGCUCACCGUCGCCGCACCGAUGCAGACAAACAUGUUCCUCUCGUAUAAUAAGAGUCUGGGCCCACCGUUCCACAUCUGGCUCGACACGAACUUCAUCAACUUCUCGAUGCAGAACAAGAUUGAGAUUGUGGAGGGUCUCAUGGACUGCAUGCUCGCCAAGGUCAUCCCGUGCGUGUGCGACUGUGUCAUGGCUGAGCUGGAGAAGCUCGGCAAAAAGUUCCGCAUCGCACUGAAGGUGGCGCGCGACAAGCGCUUCCGUCGCCUGACGUGCGAGGGCAAGUACGCCGAUGACUGCGUUGUGCGCACGGUGACGCGGCACCCAAUCUACAUCGUGGCGACGUGCGAUCAGGAGCUGAAGCGGCGGCUGCGCAAGAUCCCCGGCGUGCCGAUCAUGUACAUCUCCAAGCACCGCUACACCAUUGAGCGGCUACCGGAGGCCUACGGCGCCCCCGGCUGA